ACCUUCGUCGUCCACCACCGUCAAGUUCGCCUUCGCAGGCUCAGUGCUGGCAGGUCCAUCAAGUGCAUUUGUUGCAGACCCCGUGCGGCUCGACAGGACGUUGACCCGGUUCAUCACCCCCGCGUCCCCUCGCUGCUUUCGUUGUACUUUAUCCUCUUUCUUCUUCAAGACUCGACGUUCGGCAGGUCCGAGUGCUGUCUCCUUUUCAACCAGUCCAAUCCUUUUGCCAAGCCGCCCCUGCAGACGCGCUGGUCCCGUAGUGCAAGAGGUUUCGUGAGUUGGCACGUAUGCUCCUCGAUUUUCCCCAUUGCUGACCCGCACAAAGAUUCGCUCUUCUAACGUCGUCUUCUGCGCACCCGACACUCUCCCGUCUUUCGCAGUCAAUUUUACGCCAUGCCACGCCGCCCAGCACCGACUCCCCUGCGCCUCUCCCAAGGCCCGCUUCCCAAACGCAGCGAGCCCAAGCACACCCUGCCGUCGCUCCCGCGCCCCGUCUUUCACCCUCCGCCUCGUGCUUCGCAAGGGCCCCUUCCUCGUGAACGCGCGCAGGCCUAUGCACUGAAACUUGAACAGGCAGACGACUCCAGGGCACGUGCGCCUGUGGCACAGCCGGCGUACGGAUUGCCGACAGGCGCAGUCUCACCGACCUCGUCGUCAUGGUCUUCCACCAGUAAACGGCGCGGACACUCUCGUCAGAGCUCCACGUCCAGCUUGAGCUCGAACUCGAGCUUCAGUUCACGAUCAAGCAGGGAGAGCUCGAGGCGGUCUUCCUUGGACGAGGAGAAUCCGAACGCGGUAUACGGUCCCUGGGUGAAACAUGGCAAGGGCUUCGCUCUGCCUUUCGACCCAAACACGUUGAUCAUGCCUCCGAGGCCUGCGGCGAUCAACCCCCUGCCGGUGUGGUGAGCAUGUAUUGUGGGAGAUGUCGAGACUUCGGGUUGAGCGGGGUCUGGGCGAUUUAUGGUGGUGGUUGGACUUGGUUUGGGGUGCCCACGUUGACCGUGUGUACCUUGUCUAUGUCCUUUAUUGAAAGCAAUGUUGCCCGUCUAUAUACACAUACCACGAGGCACCAUGUGAUUGUCGCGAAUGCAACGCUAAGUAUCCUCUUUCCUCAGUCGAGGUC